AUGGAAUGUGUAAAUGAAGUAAAAUAUGUUGUGAAAGGAAAAUCACGAUGUGAAAAGAUUGUGAGACAACACUACUUAAGAGAUGACAUUGCUUGUGGGUUAAGGAAAUGUGCUACUUGCAACCAAACAAAUUUACCAUUAAUUGGAAAAACACAAUAUGCUAUGUUUGAUCACACUGUAUUACUUAAUCAAAUUGACGCACUACAAACAGAAAGUUUAACAGAUUUUAUUAUUCCUCAAACUGCAUUAAAUUAUGUUGCAAGCAAUUCAAAAGCUAUUUAUAAAAAAGUGAGAAAUAUUAUUGCAAAUGAAGAUCGUGCUGUGUUCUUAUUUUUAAAUGAAUUUUUUAGAGAGACUUAUGUCAUUGCACAAAAUGAAGAAUCAAAUAUUCAUAGAGAUUUUAGAGCUUAUAUCACUUCUGUAAAUUGGUUAAAUAAACAUUACUCAUUAAAUGGAUCAUCUGUCUUAUUUGUUACUAAUUCAAAAGAAUUAAAAGAAGAUUAUACUAAUGCAGGAAUACAUACAAUGACGUUUAUUGAUUUUAUUGAACAGUAUUAUCCAAACGAUACUAUAUUACGUGAUAGAAUUACUGAUACUACUACAUCACAAGGAACAACAGUGUUUUAUCCUAAUCAUCUAACAAAAGAAGAAAUAACUCGUUUAAUUUCCGAGAAAAAAUUAGUCCAAGGAAGUGUUAGAAUGAACAGAUUCAAUUUCAAAGAAGCAACUGUUUAUACUACAGAAAAGGAAGAAAUUUUAGUAAGUGGAUUAGAAGAUAUUAAUCGAGCUGUAGAAGGAGAUAUUGUUGCAUUACAAAUACUUCCUAAAGACCAAUGGAAAAAAGAAUCAAAUACUAUUAACGAUGACUAUGAAAAGAAUGAAAAGGAAAUGAAUAAUACAGUUCACAUGGAAAACGCAAUGGAAGUAGAAGGAAAACCUACAGGAAAAAUUGUUGGUAUUAUUAAACGAAAUUGGAAACCUUUACCUGGUUAUAUUAAACAAGAAAGUAGUGGUAAUUAUUCUACUAAUUUAUUAUUCCUUCCAACAGAUAAAAGAUUUCCACCAAUCAGAAUUAAAGCUAGAGACCCUGCUAAAUUAGCUUCUCAAAGAAUUCUUGUUUUAAUCGAUGCAUGGGAUACAACAUCAAAAUAUCCAACAGGUCAUUAUGUUGCAACAUUAGGUAAUGUUGGAGAUAAGGCAAGUGAAACAGAAGCUAUUUUAGAACUUCAUGAAAUUCCCCAUUAUGAAUUUCCUGAAAUUGUACUUAAAUGUCUUCCAUUAUUACCAUUUGAAAUUACUGACGAUUACCUUAAAGGGAGAUACGACUUUAGAAAAGAAAAUGUUUGCUCAAUUGAUCCACCAGGAUGUACUGAUAUUGAUGAUGCUUUACAUUGUAAAAUUCUUCCUAAUGGAAAUUAUGAAAUUGGAGUUCAUAUUGCGGAUGUGUCAUGUUUUGUUAAACCUCAUACAGCAUUAGAUGAAGAAGCUGCUAAACGAGGAACAACAGUUUAUUUAGCUGAUAGAAGAAUUGAUAUGUUACCAAAACCAUUAACAGAAGUUAUUUGUUCAAUCACACAAAAUACUGAUACACUAACAUUCUCUGUUGUUUGGGAAUUAGAUAAAAAUGCUAAUGUUAUUAACUGUACAUAUCAUAAAGGAAUUGUUCAUUCAUACAGAGCAUAUGCAUACGGACAAGCACAAGCAGUAAUUGAUGAUAAGAGUAACCAAAGUGAAUAUGCACAACAACUACGUGUAAUGUUAAUGUUAUCUAAAAAAUUAAAACAAAAAAGAAUUGACGCAGGAGCAUUAAUGUUGGCUUCAAGUGAAAUUAAAAUUGAAAAAGAUGAACAAUUUAAUCCAAUUGGAGUUAAAGAAUAUCAAACAUAUGAAACUAAUUCAAUGGUUGAAGAGUAUAUGCUUCUUGCUAAUGUAUGGGUAGCUAAAAAAAUCUAUGAUGCAUUCCCUCAUUGUGCUAUGUUAAGAAGACAUCCACCACCAGAUGAACAUACUUUUGAAUGGUUAGCAAAUGUAUUAAAACAUAAAGGAAAAUCAUUAGAUUUUUCUAGUUCUAAAGCACUUUCAGAAUCAUUAGAUAAAUGUGGAACUAAUGAAGACCCUGUUGUUGGAAGGAUUAUGAGAAUAUUAGUUACACGUUGUAUGCAACAAGCAAAAUAUUUCUCUAGUGGAUAUUUCUCUUAUAAUGAAUUUAGACAUUAUGGUCUUGCAGCUGAAAUUUACACUCAUUUUACUUCACCAAUUAGAAGAUAUGCAGAUGUAAUGGUACACCGAUUACUUGCACAAGCAAUUGGAUUUGACCAAAUAGAUUUAACUAUGUCAAAAGAAAAAAUGAAAGAAAUUGCUGAUAAUAUUAAUCAUAGACAUACAAUGGCACAACACGCUGGAAGAGCAUCGACUCAAAUGUAUACAUUAAUAUUCCUCAAAGAUAAAGAAGUAACUGUCGAUGGUUAUGUAAUUAAAGUUAUGAAAAAUGGUAUUGUAGUUAAUAUUCCACAAUAUGGAUUAGAAGUAAUUGUAUUAAUUGACCAAAAAUAUGGAAUGGUAUUUGAUGAAAAUGAAAAUACACUGGGUAAUAUGAAUAUUAAAUUUGGAGUAUUUGAUAGAGUAAAAGGAGUAUUGAGUAUUGAUAAGAGUAAUGAGUUCCAAUUGAAACCAAUUUUAAGAUUGACACAACCUCAUUUGGAAUAA